AUGGAAGUCGUUCCCAGCGAUAUGGAUGUCGACGACGGUGUCGGUGACGGCUUCGGUGACGAUGCUGGUAACGACGUCGGCGCUCCGGUUGUUGCACUUGCUAGCGCUUCUCGCAUCGACGAUGACAAGGGCGCGGAGUUCAAACUUCAAUUUUGCCUUCGAUGCCUGUCCGACGAUGCCCAUCAACUUAUCGACCUGUCGGAUUCCCCGAAGAUAGGCAAUUCCGACACCGCACUUACGCAUGCUGCCCAGCAGCUUGUCAACUCGGUCUCUGACAAAGAGAGCGAGAAAUUCGAGAAUUCUUGGUUCCUUCACGUCAUGCGAUGA